AUGAGUAUGGUCUGCAUCUCCACCACGGUGGGCGUCCUCUACAAGGCCUCACAGGCAGCGAGCGGAGGCUUCAAGUACUCCACGACCUCGGCGAUUUGUAUGGCGGAGAUGGUGAAGCUAGCUCUUAGCUGCAGCUUUCACGCCAUGGACAAGUCCCACGGGGUGGCGUUUCCGGGGUCCAUCAAGAUCGCCUUUGCCAGCGCCAAGGAGCAGCUGAGCUCGCACGCGGUGCUGCACAUUUACAUCCUGGGCUUCUUGUAUGCCAUCAACAACCAGCUGUCCUUCUACAUCUACAUGCUGGUGGACCCGGGCACGGUCUUCCUCUUCAAGUCCGCCUCCACGAUGAUCGUGGCGGCGGUGCAGUGCACCUUCGCCGGCAAGACCUUCACUGGGGACCAGUGGAAGGCCAUGAUGCUUCAGGCCUGCGGAAUGGUCACGGUGCAGUACGAUCCCUGCAAGGGCGCCGGGGUGUACACGCCCUUCGCCUACCUCUGCCUCUGUCUUAGUACCUCCAUCACGGCGAUCUCCGCGGCGCGGAACGAGUUGAUUCGACUGGCCGUCAACCUGGCGCCUUUGGUGGUCUGA